UAGGACAACAAACACAAAAGCACCUGAAGAUGACAGAGAUUUUGGAAGAGCUCAAGAAAAUGAAGGACGUAGCCCUCCCUAUAGCGGCCAUCAACAUCAUCUCUUACAUGAAAUCCAUGGUCUCCGUCGCAUUUUUAGGCCGUCUUGGCCCCCUAGAGCUUGCGGGCGGUGCACUAGCCAUCGGUUUCACCAAUAUAACAGGCUACUCGGUCCUUUCAGGCCUUGCACUUGGCAUGGAGCCCAUAUCUUCUCAAGCCUACGGUUCUCACAACUUCGCAUUGCUCUCUUCGACCCUUCGCCGUGCAGUUCUCAUGUUACUGCUCGUCUCCGCUCCUAUAGCUGUCCUCUGGCUUCAUCUCUUGCCUAUACUCUUAUUACUGCAACAGGAUCCUUCAGUCGCUUCUGUUGCAGCUCAAUACUGUCUCUUUUCACUCCCUGAUCUUAUCGCAAACUCCCUUCUUCAACCAAUACGAAUUCACCUUCGAUCACAGGGCAACCCUCAGCCUCUCAUGUACUCCUCCUUGCUCUCUUCUCUCCUACACCUCCCCCUAACCUACUUCCUGACCAAAACCCUGGGUGUCCCUGGUGUUUCCGUCGCAGCAUUCGCUACCAACUUCAACACGCUACUAUUUAUUCUCGCUUACAUGGUCAUCACCAAAACAAGUGCUGACCACAAGAGCGAACACCUCUACGACGCACUGCCAUCAAAGGACACUAGUUCACUGAAAUCAGGUUGGGGCCCGCUCAUCAAACUAGCGCUGCCAAGUUGCCUAGCAGUUUGUCUUGAGUGGUGGUGGUACGAACUAAUGACAUUGGCUUCUGGGUACCUGAGCAACCCCAGAGUCUCACUGGCAGCAUCAGCAAUUGUCAUUCAAACGACCUCGCUGAUGUACACGCUGCCAACAACGCUGAGCACCACCGUGUCGUCCCGGGUCGGAAACGAACUCGGUGCAGGCCGGCUAACUCAGGCCCGUGCCGCCGCUGCGGGGGCUAUGGGCUUGGCCGCUGCAGGCUCGUGCAUAGCCUUGCGUGGCGCCACAUUGGGCCGAGAGGCAUGGGGGAGGGUGUUCACAGAUGACACAGAGGUUCUUAAGCUGACGAAAACCGUGCUCCCGAUAAUUGGGCUAUGUGAGCUUGCCAACUGUCCACAAACAACAGGGUGCGGAGUCUUGCGCGGCAGUGCAAGGCCCUCCACCGGAGCUGCAAUAAACUUCUACUCAUUCUACGUAGUAGGGGCACCGGUGGCCUUGUUGCUGGCUUUUGUGUUCAAUCUGGGCUUCGUUGGGCUAUGCAUCGGGCUUCUAACAGCCCAGAUAACUUGUGCAGCGCUGAUAGGGGUGGUGACAUGGCGAACAAAUUGGCACAAGGAGGCGAUGAAGGCAACGGACUUGGUCGGGAGAGGGGAGGAAGAAAAUGAGGAGGUGGUCAAGAUGGUCAAAGAAGAAGGCUCGAUAACCGUCGCGGGGAGAGGAGGAAGCGGUCAGUUUCUGGAAGAGGCGUCGGGUGCCGGGGACGUUGAAGGGGGCGGACGGUAAAGAGGAGACCAUUGGAUAAUCGGACCUGUGACUGGAAUAAUUCUGUUCACGUAAAUGUUCAUAGGCAUCAUUUACAUAUAGUUGUGAUAGUAAUUGUCUGUAUUUUCGUGUCUGCGUGAAUUUGAUAGCAGAAUAUUAAUAUAACAACAUCUUGUGCGAGAGAAA